AUGAAAAAUAUCAGUCUUAUUACUGAGUUUGUCCUUCUGGGACUUUCCAAUGAUCCUGAGAUCCAGACCAUGCUCUUUGUGCUGUUCCUUGUGCUGUAUCUUCUGACUUUGAUGGGGAAUAUCGUGAUGAUCUUGGUGAUCACAGCUGAUUCUCACCUCCACACGCCCAUGUACUUCUUCCUUGGACAUUUGUCUUUCCUAGAUAUCAGCCUCUCUUCAGUUACUGUGCCCAAGAUGCUUCAAAAUUUCUUCUCUCAAAAUAAAACCAUCUCUGUGUGGGGCUGUAUCACCCAAAGUUUCUUUUUCACACUUUCUGGGGGAACAGAAUCCUGCCUUCUGUCUGCCAUGGCUUAUGAUCGCUAUGCUGCCAUCUGUCACCCUUUGGUCUACACCAUGAUCAUGAACAGAACUCUUUGUAUUGUUAUUGUGAGCACAGCUUGGACAGUAGGAUUUCUGAUUUCCUUGGUAAACUGUCUCUUCAUCCACAAGUUACACUUCUGCAGUUCCAACAUCAUCUCUCACUUCAGCUGUGAGCUGCCUCCACUCUUUCCUCUGUCCUGCACUGAUCCUGUUAUCAAUGAGAUUCUUUUAGCUGUUUCAUGUGCAUUUUUGGGAGUACUGACACUUCCCCUAAUCCUCUUUUCCUACUCUAGGAUUAUUUUUGCUGUACUGAACAUCCACUCCUUUGAGGGCCAAGGCAAAGCCUUUUCCACAUGUUCUUCUCACCUCACUGUUGUUCUCUUGUUCUAUGGGACAAUCUUUUUCAGGUACUUGAGCCCUGCAUCAGGCUCAGUGUUGGAGCAAGUGGUUUCCAUCCAAUACAGUGUGAUCACAUCCUUGUUAAAUCCACUCAUUUAUAGUCUGAAGAACCAGGAAGUAAAGACAGCAUUGCAAAGGAUGCUUCGACAACAGAAAUGUAACUCAGGGUAA